CUGCGUGCGGAUCAUUUGCUGUGCAGUUCCAUAAAGAAGUCAGUAUUCAGUUUCCACCUUUUUUGGAGAGGAGGAAGGUUGCCCCUCUCAAGCAGCAGACGUUUUAAUGUGUGUAGCUGGUAAUAAAAGAUUUCGGAAAUUUCAGCUGCCAUUUCUGCCUCGGUGGUAAGAAAGGUGCUUUCAGGAAGGCAGCAGAAGUGAGUGUGAUACCUGGUUUGAGCGAGAGGAAUGACAGCAACUUGUAUUGCUCCUUCUGAUGUUUGCCGAUUUAUUAGUAAAAAUGAAACUUAAUAAAAAUGAAACUUAGUAAGAAUGAAGCAAGUAUCUUUUGAUACUUGGUUGGAAGGGAAAUCUUACGACAGAGCUUGGAGCUGCCUCUCUGUGCAAGAAGUCACAGCUGUCUCCCUCCUGAGAAGAAAUCACUCGGGGAAUGAGGAUACAAGAUCUCGCAGAGCAUAUGUGACUGCAUUAAUUUGACAAAGGCAACGAGUCUGCACGGAAACGGGCACCAAGCACUGCAGGCAUGCAGCCGCUAACCUUCCCUGUGCAUCAGCUCUCUCCUUCUCUUUAACUGGCUGGGAAGAAAUGAAGAACCGGAGAAGGCAGGCAGGUGCGGGCUGCUCUCGCACUCCAGCUCAGCUGCCGCUUUGCGGACGGCCUCGCUGCCUUCCACCCUCCUCCGCGGCAGGCAGAGGUGGCCUCCCGAGCCCGCGGUCCCGAGUCGGGAAUGGGGCAGCUCCAUCGGACAUAACGCUCAUCUGCACCGCCUGUCUCCAGGCGGCAGCUCCUUCUCUCUCCUCUACCUAAGCGCUCGCGGGAAGCUUUGCGAGGUGAAGAUCCUGACGCUGGGUUAUGGGCAAGUCAGAAAGCCAGAUGGAUAUAACUGAAAUGAAUGCUCCAAAACCAAAGAAGAAACUGCGAUGGAGUGGCCUGGAAAUAGGGCUAGCUGUUGUAGUGAUUCUGCUAGCUAUUGUAGCGAUCACAAUGAUAGUUCUGUAUGCAACGUAUGACGAUGGAGUUUGCAAGACAUCAGACUGUAUAAAAUCAGCAGCCCGUAUCCUUGAGAACAUGGACACCACUGCAGAGCCUUGUAAAGAUUUUUACCGAUAUGCCUGUGGAGGAUGGCUUAAGAGGAACGUCAUUCCAGAAACCAGCUCCCGUUAUAGUAACUUUGACAUUUUAAGAGACGAACUAGAAGUUGUUUUAAAAGAUGUCCUCGACACACCAACCAGUAAUGAUAUAACAGCAGUGCAGAAGGCAAAAACUCUGUACAGAUCGUGCAUAAAUGAAACUAUGAUUGAUAGCAGAGGUGGAAGGCCUUUAAUCAGUUUAUUGCCAAAGGUAUCUGACUGGCCCGUAGCAACAACUAACUGGGAUUCUUCCUACGGUACUGCUUGGACAGCUGAGACAGCUAUUGCACAGCUAAACUCCAGAUAUGGAAAAAAGGUCCUUAUUAAUUUUUUUGUUGGCACGGAUGAUAAAAAUUCCACAGCACAUAUCAUUCAUAUUGAUCAGCCUGGGCUUGGCCUGCCUUCUCGUGACUACUAUGAAUGCACUGGUGCAUACAAAGAGGCAUGUUCUGCCUAUGUUGAUUUCAUGAUUUCUGUAGCUAAACUAAUCCUACAAGAAAGAAAUAUUUCUUUCAAUGAGAGCGAGAUUUCUGAACAAAUGAAAAGAGUUAUGGACCUGGAGAAAGAGAUUGCCAAUGCAACAACAAAAUCUGAAGACAGAAAUGAUCCACUUUUGCUGUACAAUAAAAUGACCUUGGCACAACUCCAGAACAACUUCUCAUUGGAAAUCGAUCAUAAGGUAUUCAACUGGUCAAAAUUCAUAAAUGAUAUAAUGUCAACUGUACAAAUUAACGUUGAGAACACUGAACAUGUCAUUGUUUAUGAUCCAGAAUACCUUAUCAGGCUGAAGUCUAUUCUUAAUAAAUACACUCGCAGAGACCUUCAAAAUUACAUGAUCUGGCGAUUCGUAAUGGAUCUUGUCAACAGCCUAAGCCGUAACUACAAGGACACAAGGAAUGCUUUUCGUAAGGCACUUUACGGCACAACAUCAGAAACUGCUGUUUGGCGUCGUUGUGCAAACUAUGUCAAUGGCAACAUGGAGAAUGCAGUGGGACGAUUAUAUGUACAGGAAGCAUUUGCUGGAGACAGUAAACAUGUGGUUGAGGAAAUGAUUGCAGAUAUACGUGAUGUUUUUAUAAAAACCUUAGAUGAACUUACCUGGAUGGAUGCAGAAACCAAAAAGAAAGCAGAACAAAAAGUAACAGCAAUUAGAGAGAGGAUUGGUUAUCCAGAUGAGAUCAUGACUGAUGACAAUAAGCUGAACAGUGAGUACCAGGAGUUGAACUACAAAGAAGAAGAAUACUUUGAAAACAUUAUUGAAAAUUUAGUAUUUACCCAGAAGAAAAGGUUGAAAAAGCUUAGAGAAAAGGUGGACAAAGAGGAGUGGAUAAGUGGAGCUGCUGUUGUCAAUGCUUUUUAUUCAGCAAGUAGAAAUCAGAUAGUUUUCCCUGCUGGCAUUUUGCAGCCCCCUUUCUUCAGUGCAUCCCAGCCCAAAUCUCUGAAUUAUGGUGGCAUAGGCAUGGUCAUCGGUCAUGAAAUCACACAUGGUUUUGAUGACAAUGGCAGAAAUUUUAAUGAGGAUGGAGACCUUGUAGACUGGUGGACUGAAGAAUCAGCACGCAAUUUUAAGGAGCUAUCCCAGUGUAUGGUGUACCAGUACGGAAACUUUUCAUGGGACCUAGCAGGUGGACAGCAUCUGAGUGGAAUCAACACACUAGGAGAAAACAUUGCUGAUAAUGGGGGUGUUAGACAAGCAUAUAAGGCCUAUGAAAACUUUGUGAAAAAGCAUGGAAAAGAAAAACUUCUUCCUGGUCUUGAAAUGAACCAUAAACAGCUGUUUUUUCUGAACUUUGCACAGGUAUGGUGUGGAACAUACAGACCAGAAUAUGCUGUGAACUCCAUCAAAACUGACGUGCACAGCCCAGGCAAAUUCAGGGUCAUAGGAUCACUGCAAAACUCUCCAGAGUUUUCUGAAGCCUUUUCAUGCACCAAGGCAAACUACAUGGAUCCUGCUAAAAAGUGCCGAGUUUGGUGACGAACUGUAAACCUUGCAUCUUGAGAAGCUUUCCAGAAAAAAAGAAAUUUUGAACUAAUUUUGAGAAGGGGAGGAGGGCAGAAUACUGAGGUGAAUAUGCUAGAGUAGUCACUGUAAUUCUUAGUAAACAGGCAAAAACAAAAAAAAUCACACAUCAAAAUGUCAAAUGAAGGACUAAUGCCAAUGCAGCAAUUAGCUGCUCUAGCUGAUUGGCUGCUUUUCCGAUCACUGAACCCUGUAGAAUCUACAUCACUUGACAGCGUACAGUAACAUUUCACUUGCAGUUAAUCCUGUUCCCCACUGGCCAAUGGCUUUUUGGAUUUAUUUUAAAAUGUCAAAGUAUAACACAUUAACUCCUACUGGUCAGUGAAUGUGUAUUUCUGAUCAAGCAGAGGAAGGAAAUACUAAGUAACACACAGUUUUAGACAUCAUAACAUGAUAAUGAGACAACAGUUUUUAUCCUAAGUGUCAGACUUUGUAUCCUCUGCUGUUAUGAUAAAUCAGUUCUACCAAAUGUUUUCAUUUUUACUUGAAACCAUUUAUACAAGAGGAGUCCAAAGACCUGCUGUACUUAAGUAACUUCUCACUAAUUAUUCCAGUGUGUAUUAUCUGAAGUCACUAUUUACAAUAGUUUAUUUACUGCUUUCCAGCCAAACUGAAAUUGUAGGUAAUUUAUUAAUUUUUGAACAUAUAAUCUGUAAGAUUGUGAUCAAAGACCCUUUCACAGUUUUCUAAGCUUUUUCUUGCUUUCUCUAAAGUUGGUCUUUUUUAAAGUUUCUAGUAAUGUAUAAAUCAUAGUUUUUAUAUUUAAAUCUGAGCUACACUUUUGACUUGAAGUAUUGUAAUAUAUUUUAUCAGUGGCUGCAUAGAACUGGGAAAUUUGAGCAAAGCAUGGUAUCAGGCAAUAAGAUAAAGUCUACAAAACUGAGUUCUCCAAUGGAGUAUACCAAUAUUCAAGUUUUCAGGCUGACUUUCUCAGCGUUUAGGGUCUGAUCCUGCACAUAAUUCGUACAUGUUCUGAUCGAUGUCAGUCCUCACAUCACUAAAGCUGCACAGCUGAUUGCAAGAAUCAGAAGGAGCUUUAAGUAAGAAGGUAAAGGCUUUAAAUCUGCAAUGAUAUGUAUUAAACAUCCUCAUGCAGAUUGCAAAGGAACUUACUGCUUUGUAUAUCAAAGCAAACAGAUUUCCAAAAAUAAGUACCAGAUACCUCAGAUGACUGCUACAAUAGGUAUAUUUAAAAACCUAUGUUCCUUUUAGCUUUCCGAGUUUGUCAUCUGAUAAAAACAUUUUGAUAAUAAACUGAAAUUGUGAGCCAAA